AUAUUAAAAACAAAACAAAAUUGCUCUAAUAUUUCAUAAAAACAGGAAUUUCCCUGAAAAUUAAAAGAAAAAUUGUGUUAAAAAUUCUGUAAAAUUAUAUUCUCAUCACUUAAAGUCUGCCGAACAUCAAGAAAUCCCACAAAAUCUGCAUUUUCAGCAAAAUUUAACUGCUCGUCGGAAUUUUAAUUGUCAAGUUGUUGCAUUUUUAGCCGAUUUUCGGAACAUUUUCACGCAAAACUCCACGAAAAAUGAGCGAUUUGGUUUGGUCAAUUAAGAAUGGCGAUCUCGAAAGUGUCAAAGACUCGAUAGAAAAGAAGAACAUCAACGUUAACGAUGUCAUAGACGGUCGAACACCAUUGCACUAUGCCAGCGAUUACGGGCAACUCGACGUUUUGGAAUAUCUCAUCACGAAGGGAGCGGAUGUCAAUGCGUUGGACAAGCACGGAAUUUCGUGCAUUUUGGCAGCGAUCUGGGAAGGUCACAUCAAAUGCGUGAAAUUGUUGCUCGACAGUGGCGCAAAGAAAAAUGGACACACUCCCGAUGGCACAAGUUACGUCGAUGCCACAGACAAGCCCGAGAUUAAAUCUUUGUUGGCUUAAAUUUUGCUCUUAUCCGUACUUGAGCAGUAUUUAUUACUCAAAAAAAACUAACUGAAUUUAAAAAAAAACUUUCAAAAAAAAAAUACUUAUUAUUUCCACAAAACACAAAAAUGAAGAAAAAUAUAUAUUUUUUUAACGCAAACGAGAGAAAAAAAGAAGAAGAAAAAAUCGAGAGACGGCCUAUUUUAAACUAAUGCAUUUUUUUCGUGUAUUUUUAAUUUUUUAAUAAAUUUGAUUUUUUUCCAAAGAAAAUUUUUAAUAAGAAAAUCAGCUCAAAUUAAUAUAGAAGUUCGUGUUUCAUUAACCAAAAUUAAUAAAAAGAAAAAUUGAUUAGAGUUAAAAAAAAAUAAUAAAAUUAAGAAAAUUAUUGACUUUGAUCUUUGAUGUAAUUGUCGUCGUGAUUUUAAUUAGAGUUUAUUUUUCUAUAUAAAUAAAUAUGAUAAAUAUAAAAAAAAAUAAUUAACUGAUAAAAAAAAUUGAA